GGCACUACAAAAUCUCGCCGCCCCACACCUCGCGCUAUCGUCCCUCCGAGUCUCACCUCUCUCCUCUCUCUCUCUCUCUCUCUGCUUUUUUAGCUUCCUGUGCCACCAAGGAAAGCAGAGAAUUUUUCGUUGUCGGAAAGAGGAAGGAACAGAGUUUCAGCAACCAUGCUCGUGUAUCAGGAUCUCCUCACAGGCGAUGAGCUUCUGUCUGAUUCCUUCCCAUACAAGGAAAUUGAGAAUGGCAUGCUCUGGGAAGUGGAGGGGAAGUGGGUUGUCAAAGGAGCCGUGGAUGUGGACAUUGGGGCCAACCCUUCUGCGGAGGGUGGAGGGGAAGAUGAGGGCAUUGAUGACCAGGCCGUGAAGGUCGUGGACAUCGUCGACACCUUUAGGCUUCAGGAGCAACCUCCUUUCGACAAGAAGCAGUUUGUGAUUUACAUGAAGAGGUACAUCAAGCUGCUGUCGCCCAAGUUGGAGGGAGAGAAGCAAGAGUUGUUCAAGAAGAACAUCGAGGGAGCGACCAAGUUCCUGCUUUCUAAGCUCAGUGACCUCCAAUUUUUCGUUGGGGAGAGCAUGCAUGAUGAUGGCACCAUGGUGUUUGCAUAUUACAAGGAAGGUGCUACUGAUCCUACUUUCCUCUACUUUGCCUUUGGACUGAAGGAGAUCAAGUGUUAGACAGGCUUUCUUGCCGUGGUACUCAGUAGAUUCGGAAUGGUUUUCUGACUUUUAGUUAAAUAUACACAGAGAGAGA